AUGUCCUCGCCGAACCCGUUCCAAACACCCCUCACGGCGCGCGACUACCGCCCGAGCAUUACCAACACGGCCGCCGGCGCAUCAUCACCUGACCUCCCCGACGUGAACCAGCUUCUCUCCCAGAUUCCAGGUCGACAAUCCGCAAUCCAGAGCGGAAGUAAAGCCCAACCUAUCCCGUCUCGUGCCUCGGCCUCUUCCUUCACCACUGCCGAGGACCGUUGGAGAUCUACCCAGUCCGAAUGCUACGCGGAGGCUUCAGUAGUCGAGGUCGAGCCUGAAAAUAUACCCAAGCCUACCAAGGGCAGACAGCGAAAGAAUCCGGCCGAGACAAGGUGUGAUGGGACAACAAAGAAGACGAUCAAGAGAAGGACGGCAGCUGCGAAGGCUACGGAUGAGGGUACCGAUGCGGUCGACGACGGGACCAAGGGAAAACAGUCGAAAGGUGCGGAAGCUAGUAAGAGGCCUGCGGCCAAGAAUACGAGAACGAAGAAGAAGGGUGGUAACGGCGAUGGUGGUAUUCAACGACUUCAAUACCAAGAGAACGAAUCGGACGACGUCCUUCAGCUGGAACAUGCGACGACGCGGCGGGUGGACUGGACGCCACCGCAUGAAAAGCAGCAGCCAUAUCCGCCGGUUGCUUCCGACGUCUCUGCAACGCAGGAUGCUACGUCCUCAGCACAAGAUGGCGCCCAGACAGCUGCCGUCUUCACGAACCUGCUCGAAGACUAUGGCUGCAACGACCAACUGCCCCGGCAAAACUCGGCUGCUCCGGAGGAUACAUCGUCCUUCCUCAAGAAGCGCAAGCUCAUCGAAGUGGUCAGCAUCGGUGACUCUAGCCGGUCGCGAUCGGAAACUUCUGUCUCCCCAACCAAGGAGAAACCCGCCAAGCGCAAACCGCGUACAAUCACGGAACUAGCCACGGCCGCGUAUCGACCUUUCACACCGAACGAAACGACUGCACCACCGUCUGGCUCUAUGCACGCUGCUCCUGCCCCCGGAGCACCAGGUGCUAACGCCGUUAAGGGAGCGCUGGGGAAGAAGAAGGCACCAGCGGCCAGGAAGUCGAGAAGGAAGCCGAGGCCGCCGUCGCCGAUUCUCCUCUCGCCUAGCUCGGCUCUGGCGCAGGUAUCAAAGCAGGACUUUGUGUUUGGGACUUCAAGCCAGCUGGUCAGGGAGCAGUCGCCGACGUUCCUGCGCGACAUCCAAGCUGCUAUCCGGGACUCGAAUCAAAUGGGUUGGGACCCGGCCGACGAUAACGUCAGGGAUGGAGAUCGGUCUCUGGAGCGGCGGAGAAGGCUGUGGGAGGCUGGUGCGCGUGACGUUGACGGACGGCUUUUCGACAUGGAAAUCGUUGACCAUGCCAAGACACCUGCUGAAGGGGACCAUAUCGACAACCCAUUCAGUUAUUCGAAGCCUGAGGCUGAAAGGAUCGAUGCCGUCCCCGGAAGUCCACAUGACGAUCCUUUCGAGACAUUACCGGACGUCCUACCACCAUCUUGCCAUAAACUAGCGGAGAAGCCGGUCGAGCUAGACGUACGAGGGGCGAAUGUCGAUGUCGCUGUCACGGUACCUCCUAAAGUCGAAGACGAUGGAUUUGAAACUCUUUCAGACAUCCUGCCGCUACCGCCGCCGCCUUCUCAGUGCCCAGCCGAAAAGUGGGCAGAGCCAGAGACACCGGGCGCCAGUGCCGAUAUAGGUACAGCGGAGGAUCUUCAAGGCGAAGACCUCGAAACCCUUUCAGAUAUUCUGCCGGCUAUGGCCCCUAGGCGAUCGCCGCCAAUAAUGAACGAUGACGGCAUACCUUUCUCCAGCAGCCAAAUCUCGGUCAGCUCAGAUUUAGGUCGACCGAUGACCACCAACGAGGCAUCCGAGAUGCUUUCGAACCCUACGAUUCCUACACCAACACUGCAGACAUCUACUGCAGCCCCCGAACCAUCGCGCCAGCCCCAGUACGAUAUGUACACGGAUGCGCAGCUAGCGAGUGAAAUCAGGUCGUACGGAUUCAAGCCAGUAAAGAAGAGGAUAGCCAUGAUUGCGCUUCUCGAGCAGUGCUGGCAAAGUAAACAUCCGCCAGGGAUCGGCGUCCGAACCGUCACGACCUCUGCCAAACCGAGCCACUCCGCGGCCGUUUCUGUCAGUCCAAAACGACCGCGCGGACGGCCUAGGAAGAACAUCCCUGCCAUGUCCCAGACACCACAGGAGCCGCCACCCUCGGCACAGCCGCCAUCCGAAUCGCCAGCCAAGCGACCCCGCGGACGACCCCGCAAGACUGCAUCGGCGGCAUCACCGUCCAAAGCCGAGGCCAAGACUACAGCGGUCCGAAAGACGACCAAGGCAGCGACAACUCGAUCCCCGUCACCACCAUCUCAACGCAAGUCUCCCACGACACCAAAGCGCCAUGCUUCCCCCAAAAAAAACAAGACGAUUAUCGAGAUUCCCGACUCAGCGUCCGACAACGACAGCAACAUGUUCGCAUCGCCCGCGUCAACGCUGUGCGACCAACAGACUUUCUCCUCCCCUUCACAGGGUAUCGAUCUCUCUGUCACAGUGGACGACGAUGCAGAAAAGUCCCUCGCAGCUGCAGACAUGAAUGAUGAUCAGAAAGAGGCCGUCUUAUUCGACAAGGUGACACGCGCAGUGACCACGGCCCCCCGAUCGACGGACCCGGCGAACCCCUCCUGGUAUGAGAAGAUUCUCAUGUACGACCCCAUCGUGCUCGAGGAUAUAACCGGGUGGCUCAACGCGGGACAGCUGUCGAGGGUGGGAUAUGACUGGGAGAUUAGUCCCGGGGAGGUGAAGAGAUGGUGCGAGUCUAGAAGUGUCUGCUGUCUCUGGAGGGUAAAUCUGCGGGGGAAGGAGAGGAAGAGGUGUUGA